AUGAGCGACUCCGCCUCCGUCUAUGAGCCCGACGACUCCGAGUCCGACUCCGACUUCGAACAACCCGAGCCUGAAUCCGACUUCGAGCCAUCCCGCUCGCCCAGUGAACGCUCUCCAACCCCCAAUGGAGAUUCAAACGAAUAUGAUUACCAUAAUGAUCCCUCAUUCGAAGGGAUCGAACGACAACUCGGUGAUGCGCUUAUGGGACGCGACCCGCAAAUGCGUGGAUCGCUCACAUUUCUCCGAGCUUACUCCCACCUCAUCUUGCAAAACGAGGAACUUUAUGAUUUUGCCUCGCUGAGGGAAAAUGAGAACCCAUAUAAUCUCAGUCAAUAUGGCUCGAUGAUCUGGACGCCCGCGGAAAAAGAAGUGUUCUUCAAUGCGCUCGACCGGAAGGGCAAGGGGGGCAUCAAAGAGCUUGCUGCUGCAGUCGGUACCAAGUCUGAGCUCGAGGUCAUGGAAUAUAUCCGAAUUUUGCAUAAGGCCUUGGCGGCUCAGUACAAUUCCGACGUGUACCUGGAGCGCAUGCCUGUCAUGAGUGAUGUCCCGGCAGCCACAGAGCUCAGCAAGGAAUGCUGUGAGCUCCUUGAAGAAUAUGGAGAUGUCCUAGUAUUGAAAGAGUCUCUCGCCGAAGCUCAAGACGGAACGAAGCAACACGGAGACAACUGGAUCAUCACCAGGGCUCAUGCACGGGAUCUGGCCGAUAGGGAGAACAACAGUGCUCGAGGUGACCUCCGCCUCGCAUCUGAUUUGUUCAACCUUCCAGAUUGGCUUCGGCUUUCUUAUAUUUUGUUCAUGAACUUGGGUGGCAAACAAGCGGAGAACAACUGGUGGAAUCUUGCUAAAAGAAAAGACCUAAUUACAGCAUAUGGACAUAAACCAUCUAUGACUGCGGACACUGCUGUGGACUUCUACUCCCUCGCCGUUAGUGUCACACGUCGCUUGGUCCAAUCAUCCCUCUUCUUUGCAAUGUCAAGAUUGCGCAGCUCGAACCGCAGUGGGAAUGAUAGAAAAGGGUACAUUCGCACACGAGACGUGCGGGCCGCUAUUGAAGUGCUCAACAUGAAGCACUGUAGGCCCAACUUAUUGGACACCGCUCGUCGCAAUGAAACAGUCCUUGAAGACAUCAACAACCGGAAAGGCUGGGUGCCUACAGUAUUCACGUAUGAAGAAGCCGAGGAGAUCAUCGACCGACACGAGUGGACGCGGUAUCGUAAAGACGGAACCAUGUACAAUGGUGAAAUCGACGACGAGGACAGUGAAGACGACGAUAUGGAAAUGGAUGAUGAUAUCGACACAGAUGACAAUUUCGAAAUGGAAGUCGACAAGCCAGAGGCAGAACCCGAGCCAAUGCCAGAACCGGAACCAGAGUGUGAACUUGAAGCAGAACCAGAAUCAGAACUAGAUGACAUUGAUCACGAUCCUUCUCGCGUGGAUCCUUCGCGCACGCAAGAGCCCGAGGAACUGGAAAUGGAUCCAGAAGAAGAGCAAGCAGACAUUGCAGACAUGAACGCCAGUCGUCGCGAAGAGGCCAAUUUCCUGAAGUUAAUGGAUCGGCCUGUGCCGAUUGUCGUUGACGAAGAGCCAAUAAAGGAAGAACAAAACGAGGACGGUACCAAGGCACUGCCAGAGCGCAGAAUCAGAGAAGAUAUCCAUAAUUGGCGGGAUCGGAUGAUCUAUCGCAAUGAAUGGGAGGAGUACGGGUACGAUUUCAUCGAGCUGAAGGAAAAUAUCGAAUUCCCUCCGUUGAAAAGGGUCAAAUACAACGAACCAGAAGUUGCUCUCCCCAAGCCGUUACCUUUGAGCGAACCAGCAAUAGUUAAUAGUGAGGAUGAGGAUGAGGAGAACGAGGAUUAA